AUGGAGCCUGUCGUACCUCCUGCCCCAGCCUUGACAAAUCCCCGAUUCACUCUCGAGCUGGAGUUUGUCUCAUCGCUCGCCAAUCCUUACUAUCUAUCGCACCUGGCAGUCACCUACCCCAACCUGCUGGGCAUCUCUCAAGCAAACGACGACGACGACGAUUCUGCCUCCUCCCCCGAUGCCCAAGCAUUCGCCGCAUACCUUGCCUACCUUUAUUCUUACUGGAAGACUCCUGAAUACUCUCAAUUUCUCACCCACCCCGGUCCGACCCUACGCGCUCUACGCCUGUUACAGGAGGAUGCUUUCCGCCGUGAUAUCAUUCUCCCUCAGGUGAUCGAAGGAUUGGCAGGGGUCAAUGUACCUAUUGAUGCACCAGCUGCUGAAGCCGAGGAUGCAGGUCCCGCCGAGAAACAGGAGGAGCCAAAUGGAACCAAGACCUGA